AUGGGUGAGAACGCCAUCUCAGGUAAUCUAACGAUCGACACUAGAGACUCAGAGACUCUCGUGGUCUGUUUCGGCGAAAUGCUGAUCGAUUUCGUCCCAACGGUGGGAGGUGUUUCACUCGCCGAAGCACCAGCGUUCAAGAAAGCUCCAGGAGGUGCACCUGCAAACGUAGCCGUUGGCGUCUCUAGACUCGGUGGCUCCUCUGCUUUCGUUGGAAAGGUUGGUGAUGAUGAGUUCGGACGAAUGUUAGCUGAGAUUCUAAGACUAAACAAUGUGGAUAACUCCGGGAUGAGAUUCGACGACAAAGCACGUACGGCUCUCGCCUUUGUUACGUUAAGAAGUGAUGGAGAGAGGGAGUUUCUGUUCUUCAGACACCCUAGUGCUGACAUGCUUCUCUUGGAGUCUGAACUUGACAAGAAUUUGAUCCAAAAGGGAAAGAUCUUUCAUUACGGAUCUAUCUGUUUGAUCGAGGAGCCUUGCCGCUCGACUCAGCUUGCUGCUAUGAAAAUAGCUAAAGAGUCAGGGAGUCUCUUGUCCUAUGAUCCGAAUUUGAGGUUGCCGUUGUGGCCAUCUGAGGAAGCUGCAAGGGAAGAGAUCAUGAGUAUCUGGAACUUGGCAGAUGUUAUAAAGAUAAGUGAGGAGGAAAUAACAUUCCUGACAGGUGGAGAUGAUGCUUAUGAUGAUGAAGUUGUGUUGCAAAAGCUGUUUCAUCCGAACCUUAAGCUUCUUGUUGUUUCAGAAGGACCUAAUGGCUGUAGAUACUACACUCAGGAGUUUAAAGGUAAAGUUGGUGGAGUGAAAGUGAAAGCAGUGGAUACAACCGGUGCAGGAGAUGCAUUUGUGAGCGGUCUAUUGUUCAGCUUAGCUUCUGAUCUCACUCUUCUCACUGAUGAGAAGAAACUAAGAGAGGCGCUUCUUUUUGCAAACGCUUGUGGAGCUAUUACUGUAACAGAGAGAGGAGCUAUUCCAGCUAUGCCCACCAUGGAUGCUGUUCAAGACCUUCUCUCUUCCUCUUCUCGCUCCUAA